CAGCAGCAGCAACAUCAGCAACACCAGCAACAGCUGCAUCUGCAAGAGCUGCAGCAGCAACAAGCCCAUUCAUCCCAGCAGCAACAGCAACAGCAGCAGCAACAACAUCAACAACACCACCAACAGCAGCUUGUCCACCAUCUUCAGGCUCAGCAGCAACUGCAUGAACAACACGAUCAGCAGCACCAGCAGCAGCAACUCCAGCAGCAGCAGCAGCAACAGCAGCAACAGCAGCAGCAUCAGCUCCACCAGCAAACUCUCGGUCUAGCGUUGGGCCAAAGCACCUCCCAGACUUUAGCUCUCUCGCCAUCUUCCAGCUCGUACUACAGCAGCUGUUGUUCGGACAUGGCGGCGGCAGCCUUGUCCUCGCUCAUGGCCACCACGAGCCAGUUUACGCAGUUCCAGAACACGCUGAAUUUCGUCAGCGGCGGUGCCAUUGCGUCGGGCAGUGCUGCCAGCAGCAGUGGCAGUGUGGGCAGCUCGAGAUCUGGUGCCAGCGGUUCGGCCACUGGUGGUUCCAGUGCGGUUAAUGGUGCUGGAGCUGCCGGAAGUGGCAGUGAUAGCUGCACAACCACAAUGGACGGCAAUGAGGACGCAGGAGCAACGGCGAGCGGUCACGUGGACACCUUCGACAGUACGCUGGCAGCACUGGCGGCGACGACUGCGUCUCAAAUCGGUAACCCGGCGGAUGACGUUGACGUGGAGGUGCCUCAGCGGAAGAUGGACUUGCCGGCCAUUUUGCUGGGAGCAAGCCACGUGGCAAAUCUACAUCUCAUCCAUGGCGAACAUCGCAGAACCUCCGACACUGACAGCAGCAAUGGGCAGCAACAGUUGCGUAACCAUGACGACCAGCCCGUGUCCGUCGUCGAUGACGACGCUUCUUAG